AUGGACUGCGGGGCCGAUUUUGACUUGUAUCAUGUCUCAGGAAACUCUUCUUCUAUAGCGAGGUCUAGCAGUUUUCGUAUAGAAUUGCCUGUUAUUGAUCAAUCGGCAUUCAAACUUCAUCUUCCUCCAGAAAUUUACUUAAAAAUAACCGAGAACUCUAUCUUAAAUACCACGAUUUUUAUCAUCCUUCCCUCUCUCUCUUUUCCUGUUUCGAAUUCAAGCUUUAUUUUCAAAGGCCCUUCUGAUCAUGUAACACGUGGAAUAUUCAUUUCUCAAACAGGAGCUGUCAUUAUAAACGAAAUUAUCGACAUUGAUGGUUUGGCAUCUAUUUCAUCUCAUCCUAAAGAUUAUGCUACAGUGAUACUGCCAUUUACUGUUGCAGAUCAGAAUAAUUUUCUCGUGAGCAGUAUUGCGGAAUCUAGACUCGUCGUGGAUAUUUUAGAUAUUAAUGACAAUGAUCCGAUAGUAGUCAACAAUAAUUCCCGUUUUGAUAUACCUGAAGAUACUCCGAUUGGACAGAUAAUAUUCAAAGUUGAUGCUUUUGAUCCUGAUUUGUCAGCCACCCAACUUACUUUUGACCUUUUGGGUGCUGAAAAAUUGCCUUUCGAGUUUGAUCCGAAAUUCAAAGAUUCACUUCGCAUUAGUCGCCAACUAGAUGCAGAAACUAUGCCUCCUGUUUUUAUUCUGUUCGUAAAAGUUUCUGAUUUCGGCUUUCCUCUCCCUCGGAGCACUAUUGCUACGUUCUCUAUACAACUUGUUGAUGUCAAUGAAUUUGCCCCUCAAUUCGUUGAAGAAUCAUGUGAGGCAUGGCUGGUACAAACAUCUAAAUACGUAGAAGACGCUGAGAGUGCGAUGGGCUUCAACCUUGGUCGCUACUCUGCUGAGGAUGCAGAUCGCGAU